UAUCUUAAAAUUUACCAUUAUUAUCAUAUUAAUACGUUAAUCUUCGAUGAUUUCUGGAAGAAAUUCUGUAACAAUAUAAAUUUUAAUAAUAAUAAUAAUAAUAAUAAUAAUAAUAGGCUGGACGUGCCUGACAAUGAAUGUCGCGCACUUGUCGUUGCAAGACAAAUGGGACUUUUUGACAAAAUAUUCCGAACACUUUGUCUGGACGCCGCAAACCGCCAACUAUUACGUUCCAGAAAGCUCUGCUAAUAUUAUUGAUGAGACAAGGAAACUCGGAGAAAUUUUGCAGCCUAAACUCGCUAACGAGAUCGAGAAACCUCAGCCAAUCGCACUAUUUCUUCUCUUGGAGGACAUGCGAGCAUUCGGAAGCGACGUAGUGCCUGGUCUGUCGCCCUGCUGGGAUCAUGUAAUCUACGUGGUGGAAUCACGCGAUGUUCCUCUAGAUCCCAAAGAUGUAAGAGCAAAUUUCAAGAUUAUCUCUUAAGGUGAAGCAACAAUUUAUGUAGACAGAAUAGAACAGAAAUAGAAAAAAAAUAAAAUUUCAAAAGAAAAUGAGCCU